UGCAAAAAAAAUCCCACAUGAUCGAGCAGCAGCAGCGCCUUUGCUCCCAGCUAGCCGACUGCGCCUCUUCCGUGCGCGCGCGGGCGCGCACCCCCGCACCUCCACCAACGGAGGCUCUCUCUCUCUCUCUCCAGAUUCGUCUCCUGACACCCAGACGCAUGUGGAUGUGUAUAUAUAUCUCUCUCCGGACACAUCCCGUGUAGGCAUCGAUGCAGCUGUCUGUUGCGCGCAGGCACCGCCAGCCCCGCCGGCCGCCUCGCUUUGCCUAGGCUGCCGCCGCCGCCGCCGGAUUUACACGCGAGGAAGAAGCCGGUCGUUGCAAAAAAGAAAGAAAGGGGGCGUGACUAUUUAAAUAUGUUUCCCCCCCUCGUAAAUUCUCUCUCUCUCCCCCCCUCCUCCUCCUCCUCCCUGGCAGUCUGUUGACUUCUGCUUCUCCAAUCCUCGUUGCGUUUUCCGAUCCCUGCUGCUUCUGCGUUCGAGUUCUGCUUCCUUCGCUCGCCGGAGUCGCGAGAGAGACAUUUGCCCGCUUCUCUUGGCGCUGCUGCUGCUGCUGCUGCUGCUGCAGACGGUUGAGAGCAGCUGCCUGCUGCCGGGCCAGACCCCGAAGGUGCCUCCCGCCCGAAUGUAGUCGUCGGCGAGGGCGGCUUCUUCCUUCUCUUCCCGCCUCCUCUCCUCUUUUGCAAAGUUGACGUUCGAGGGGCGACUUGGACCUUGCCCGGCUCCCCGAGACACUUGGCGAAGCUGAAAGGGAGCGAGACCGCCGCCGCCUCGCCUCGCCUCGCCUGGAGGGCUGGGGAGAGGGCUCGGGCAGCAGCAGCAGCAGCAGCAGCAGCUCCUGCCUUCCGACAGACGAGGCGCCUGCACCGCGAAGCAACAGCGGCGGAGUUGGCGAGGGGCGCGCGCGCUCUCUUCCCUUCUCCCUCAGCCGCCCCCUCCUCCCUUCCAGCCCAGCGAGGGAAGCCGCUCCUGAGGCGAUUCGGCGCUGACCUAUCCUGAGGAUUAGCCAACUCCUGCGCGGCAUUCCGCUCCCUCCGACCCCCACUGGGUCUUGUGGAUUCCUCUCGCUUGUUGGUCGUCCGUCACCCAGGAAGAGGGGAGGAAAAGAGACGGGAAGGCGAGCGAGGCGCCUCAACUUCCCAACUCCAGCGAGCGAGAGACACCUCAGAAGUGGACUUCUCCUCACUCCUCUUCAUUCUCUCCCCCCCCCGCCGCCCCGUUUCCUCCGAGGAUUUCCUGCCCGCUUCUCCUCAGCCGGCCUCGGAGCGAUCCCUUCAGAGCCCCUCGCGCCAAAAGGCGGGAAGAAGGAGGAGGAGAAGAAAGGCGCCUCAGAGAGAGAGGAGAGAGGGAAAGAAGCGCGAGGGCGGGCGAAAGGAAACCCCUCCGGCCAAAGGAGGCUUGGCCCGCGGGGCCGCCCAUCGUGGGCGCUGGACGGGGGCCGGGCCGGUGCAUGUCUCGCCCUGGGCUCGCCACAGGACUCGCCGCCUUGAAGGAGCUCCUGCCGCCGCCUCAGCCUCCGUCUGCUGCUGCUGCCCAGCUCCCCCGGCCGGGGCGCGCAGACUCCCUGAGGAUCCUUCCGCGGCGCAGGCUUUCCCCCCCGCGGGGGAAUCUCCUGGCGGCCCCUCGCCCUUCUCUUUGUGUGUGUUUUUUUGGUGUCUUGUGACUCCGGUGUGGCUUUGUCUCCUUCCUCCCUCGUUCUCUCCUCCUUGUCGCCGUCUGUCUUUUGAGAAAGGAGCGCCUUGUCUGUCUCUCCCCACCCCCCCGAUUCCCCCCUUGUGCUGCUGCCGCCGUGUCUGUGUGUGUCUCGUUGGCCGGGAGUGAUGUUGCACGUGGAGAUGUUGACGCUGCUCUUUCUGGUGCUCUGGAUGUGCGUCUUCUGCCAGGAUCCCAGCUCUAAGACGGUGGCCGACCGCUACGCCGUCUACUGGAACAGCACCAACCCCAGAUUCCAGCGGGGUGACUACCAUAUUGAUGUCUGCAUCAAUGACUAUUUGGAUGUAUUCUGUCCUCAUUAUGAAGAUUCAGUGUCAGAAGAUAAGACUGAACGCUACAUCCUUUACAUGGUGAACUUUGAUGGCUACAGUUCCUGUGAUCACACUUCCAAAGGAUUCAAGAGGUGGGAGUGCAAUCGGCCUCACUCUCCGAAUGGACCAUUGAAGUUCUCAGAAAAAUUCCAACUCUUCACUCCCUUCUCAUUAGGAUUUGAGUUCAGGCCAGGCCGGGAAUAUUUCUACAUCUCAUCUGCAAUCCCUGAUAAUGGGAGGAGGUCCUGUCUAAAGCUGAAAGUCUUUGUACGGCCUGCAAACAACUGUAUGAAAACUAUAGGUGUUCAUGACCGUGUUUUCGAUGUUAACGACAAAGUAGAAAAUUCAUUAGAACCAGCAGAUGAUACCGUACAUGAGUCUGCUGAGCCGUCCCGUGGUGAGAGCGCAGCACAGAGACCAAGGAUAUCCAGUCGGCUUUUGGCAACCCUCCUGUUCCUCCUGGCAAUGCUUUUGACGUUAUAGCACAUAUUAUAGUAAUCUGUCACAGACAACAUCAGGGUCUUGGAACAUCAAAGAUCCGCUUAAUUGCUCAUCCCAAGAACGGGACAUUAUAUUGGUUUUGCUGAUGUUGGUUUGUUUCCCUUCCCCAAUCUCCUCCCCUUCUUCCUCUGCAACCUGAACUGUGAGCAAAAAUUGAAGAGGCAUAACUAGCCCUCUUGCCACUCCCGAUCUUCCCCGUGGCUUUCCUUGACCCCUUCUAAAAUAAAAGGACUCCAAAUGAAAAUGCCAAAUUUCAAUAUUGACACUAGUGAUUCUUACGUUCUCUGCAGCCUCUCUUAAGAUACCGCCUCGGUUAGCUCUCUGGGCCCACCUGUAUGUGGAGAAGGAAGAAUAGUAGCAGGUGCAGUCAUUUGGAAGAUAAGGAACUUGUUUGGAAAACCAAGAGGAGUCUUUACUCACUCCGAUACAAUAUUUAUGUCUCCUCGCUGAGCGCUGUAAGACGAUCAUGCAAGGCACUGUAUCACCAUGUCAGGACUGGAGGGGAGAUACUGAGAACAGAUAUAGCGUAACGCCAUUCCCUCCAGGAAUUUAUCAAUGAACAGGCUUUUCAUAGGGAAAGAGAUACUGUUUUGUAUGCAACUGCCUUGAAAGAUCAUUCACAGUAGAACUUAAGCUCCACAACAGACACUCUUGUCAUCAGGGGAGAAGAAAGUGGCUACUGAGGAAUGCUAGCACACAAGCAAGGUCAGAUAGAGGAAGCUUCGCUGGGGUGUGAGUGCCUCUGGUAUCUCUCUAAGUGGAUAGUGCACACCAGAUUAUUUUUCUUUUGAAACAGAUCACCAUGGUGCUACAAUAUUUUUUCUUCAAAUGCAAAGAGGCAUUUUCUGUUCCUUUUUCUUCUUCUUUGUGUGAAUAAAGUGACCUUUCCCAAGGCUGAUUUACUAGCCGGUAGCCUUCGAUACCACUCUUUAAGUGAUGAUACAUGCUAGGAUGAUAGCAGCACCGGGUGGAGAAAACAUGGUCAGAGAUGCAAAAUCUCCAGGGUGCUCAUGAUUUGCCUCCCUUUGAAAGUUUGGCAACCACUGGAGUAAACUCCUGCCAGAAAGGGACCAGGAUACUUGUCAUAGAGGGCUGUGGGUUAGGGAGAAGGAAAAGGUUAGGAAGAGCGUGUUGAACUCUGGAGUGAACGUUGAGGCAUUGGUUUUGUAGCUCUCUUCCUUUCCAACACAGUUGAAAAGUGGAAGAAAUACCUUUAUCAGCAGGAGGAUACGUAGGUGGACUCCCAAAGACCUUGAACUAAAUAUUUUUUUGAAAACCCACUAGAAUAGAAAAUGCAUUAUUUAGAUAUACCAAGUAAUUAUAUAUGCUUGUCCUAUUUAAAGAUGAUAAAAGUGGUAAGAGGAUUAUGGGGUGCUGUCUUGUUUGGUUGGAAUCAGGGCUGAACCCUUAGGCACCUGAAAACUACUUUGUUAGGGACUAAUAAAAACCAUUUACCAGGAAAUGCCUUCCUUGUGGGUUUCCAUUGGCUUAGGCAGGCGUUGACUUGCAGGAGAUUGAGUAGACAUCAUGGAAGUGAUUGUUUUGGAAAGUUGACUUAUACCGCAAACUCUUGAGAACAAAGCCUUACAAGAA